AUGGAGCAACAAGGCGCCGGAGUGAUCGUGCAUCCAAGGUUCUGCUCACCGAACGCUACAGAUAUGGCGACCGUGAAGAAGUUAAGUACCCGUAACUUCGAUAUAACGGACGUUAACGGGACCCUGUUGUUCAAGGCUGAGUGGUUCGGUCUUCUUAAAACCAAGAGGACCUUGUCGGAUGGUUUUGGAUCUCCGGUCUUGACUUUUAGACAGAAGACGAUGACCUUGCAUGGGAGGACGCAAGUGUUUAGAGGAGGGAGUAUGGAACAACGUGAUUUGUUGUACACGGUGAAGAAAUCACCGUUGUUUCAGAGUAAGACGUUAAUUGAUGUGUACUUGAGUCACAAUACGGAAGAGGAGAGAUGUGAUUUCAGAGUCAAAGAGUUCGACCGAGGUUGUGCUGUCUACGUCGGUGAAUCCGACGUUAUUGUUGCCCAAAUUCGCAACGAAAACACUUUCAAAAGCGUGGUCUUCGGGAGGAAGGACAAGUCCUCGGUGACGGUUAAUCCAAACGUCGAUUACGCCUUCAUUGCCUCUCUCAUCGUCAUUCUCGACGACAUUUACAGCAUGAACAACUGA